UCCACAGAAGCUUUGGAGUUCAUGAAACGGGACCUGGCAGAGUUCACCCAAGUCGUGCAGCAUGACACAGCCUGCACCAUCGCUGCCACGGCCAGCGUGGUCAAGGACAGGCUGGCGAGGACAGAAGUUUCCUCCGGCGCGACUGAGAAGGUGCGGAAAGGGCUCUCUGACUUCCUGGGUGUCAUCUCAGACACAUUUGCUCCCUCUCCAGAUAAGACCAUCGACUGCGAUGUCAUCACGCUGAUGGCAACGCCCAUGGGUACCACGGAGCCCUACGACAGUGCCAAGGCUCGCCUCUACAGCCUCCAGUCGGACCCAGCCACCUACUGCAACGAGCCUGAUGGCCAUGCUGAACUCCUUGAGGCCUGGCUUUCUCAGUUUAACCUUGAGGAGAAGAAAGGGGAGAUAGCAGAGCUGCUGGCAACCAGCCCAUCCAUCCGGGCUCUCUACACCAAAAUGGUCCCAGCAGCCGUUUCCCAUUCGGAGUUCUGGCAGCGCUACUUCUACAAAGUGCAUCGCCUGGAGCAGGAUGAAGCCCGGAGGGAGGCUCUGAAGCAGCGUGCGGAGCAGAGCGUUCACCAAGAGGAGCUGGGCUGGGAGGAGGACGAAGAGGAGUUCUUGGGGAUGUCACCCCUGCCUUGUGCAAACGUGAAAUUUCCAGAAGCAGCAGAGAGAGAAUCUGCCCCUGUGGCCUUGGAGGGAGACCACCCCACUGGUCCCCAGGGACCCUCAGGGGAAAGCUGGGCUGUCGUCCCUCCGGAGCCGGCCCCAGCGGAGGGCAGCCCCUCUGAGAGCAGUGAGAGCGUCUCCCUUGUGACUCAGAUUGCAAACCCUGCCUCUGUGCCUGCCGCCCAGCUACGGACCCCAGCGCCACCCCCCGGGCCCGGAGACCUCUCCCAGAGGCUGCUGGAGGCCACCUCGGAGGAGCCCAGCUCCCUGCCAAAGCCCCCCGAGCCCGCUCGUCCUUCUGCGCCUGCCGGGGAGUCGGCAGCGUCCUCAGAGCCACCGGCUGCUACAGAGCUCAGAGAGGCAGAGGGCAAAGGCCAGGGCAGGACAGAGACUCUGAGAGAGGAAGGACCGACGGACCUACGAGUCUUUGAGCUGAACUCAGACAGUGGGAAAUCCACUCCCUCCAACAAUGGCAAGAAAGGCUCCAGCACAGACAUCAGUGAGGACUGGGAAAAGGACUUUGAUUUGGACAUGACUGAAGAGGAGGUGCAGCUGGCGCUCUCGAAGGUGGAGGUGUCUGGGGAGCUGGAUGAUGAAGAGUGGGAAGACUGGGAAUAAAGCAGCUGCUUCUGGUGUGUGCCACAGGCUCAUUUCCACCAUGGAAUGUGAAUUAAACCACGGACUGGCUGUUCCUUUGUGUGUAACUGUGCUGGGGAUUGCAGUUCCAGGCUGGAGGAGUUUCAUUCCUGCCAAAUCCUGUGGGCAACUCGAGUGACCCCUUCAGACCAGGAGGAGGAGGAGGAGGAAGCAGGAGCUCACUCGUACACUUAGCUGCUAGGGAGCCCAUCUUCUCAGUAGGUCCUAGAGACUGGCCAAGCCAAAACUGACUGCCCGGACACGAGGGGGUCCCCGGGGCAUGCAGGGGGGUCACUUGG